CUGACAUAUCUUUUCUUUCCUUUGCAGAGAUUGUGGCGGUCUGGGAUGCUGUGUCUGAGUACAUCCUGGAACAGAUGAAGCUGGACAAGGGCGUCCUGGUUCCGGAACUCGGGAUCUUUGCUGGGGUCCGAGAGCAACUCCACAGCAAAGAAGAGGCGCUUCCAGUCCGAAGACCCGUCUUCGAACUGGAUAUCAGGGCGCUGUGGCUGCCAGACCUCCAGUCUCCCAGCGACAUCAUCCCUGGUAAGAAGGCAGCAGCCACCUUCCCCUUCCUGCCCCACGUCCGGCCGGCUGUGUUCUUUAAAGGACCUUUUCUGUGGAUUUGGUUAUGAAUGCUGCAUGGGCUGGCUGUGGCAGUGAGGAUGUGCCUUCUCCUUGCAGACAGCAUCAAGAUUGAGCCGCUCAACUACCGGCAGCUCUCGCGAGCCUCCGGCGUCCCGCUGCACUUGGUGCCGCGCUGCGUGCGGGAGAGCGUCCUCUUCUACUGUCACCUCCUGAGGAACAAGACGCCCGUCCCGUUCGUGUUCAAGAACCUCGGCGUUAUGACCUGCCAAGACAACCACCUCUGCAUGAGGUUCUUCUGCAGCUGCGUUGAAACGCUGGAGAGCAAUGCCCCCGUCCUCGCACUGAUCCACACCGUAAGUUGAGGAGGUUGUGAGGUGCACCAUCGGAUCACUGCUGGCCAGCCUGGAUGUGGCAGGCCAGUCAAAUGCCUUUCCCCACGCUUGCCCCCAUGGCUUUCUCCACGGGCAAAGGGAUUUCCUGGAUCUCUGCCCCUGCCUGGCAGUGCUCUUGCACGGCCUCACUAUUUUGCCAUCCUGCUCCUUCAGAGCAGAACAAAGCUCUGAUGUUCACAGACGAGGCUUUGGUGGAGAGCAGCUUUCUCUUGGCACAGGAGCCAGGUUUGCUUCCUGUCAACAAGAGCCAUGAAGAAAUGGCCUUGGCUAGCCUCCAGCAGGUCUGUGUCCCUUUGCAGAGAUUCUGGACGGAAGAUCUUGCUGACUUCGGGCCAGAGACCACCGCCCGUGGGAUCCGCUUGUUCCCGAGGUUUCAGCUCACUGUGGAAAAGAGCAGAGCAGAGGCUGCUGCAGACAAGAAAUCCGCAAUAGAGCGGAAGAUGAGUAGAGGAGUCUCUGUCGGCAGGCUGCUGCCAAAGCGGAAGACACUUACCCCCCCCAUGCUGCUGCAGCGCGAGCCAGGCUCAAGGCAGCAAAAGUUGGCAAAGGAGCCUCCUACCAGCGUGCUCCCACCGUGUGCAGGCAGCUUCCGCAGGACAAAGACAGGAGAACAGAAGGAGGCGUCUACUGCACAGACCAGCACUGCACUCCCUGCCACCGAGGAAUCUAAGAGAGUGCUGCAGGUACUGGCUCUGCCUUGCUGCAGGGACUGUGCUGCUUGAGAUUGCACCAAUGACAGAAUGGUAGAAUCAUAGAAAAGUUUGGCUUGGAAAGGACCGUUCUGAUCACCUGGUUCCAACCCCCUGCUGCAGGCAGGGACACCUGUCUCUAGACCAGGUUGCUCUAAGCCCAACCCAGCCUGGCCUUGAGUGCUUCCACAGGGAGGGAAGCAAAAGCCUCUGUGUGUGCAGUGAUCUGGAGCACAGCCCUUCGGGUGCCAUCAUUUCACAUUUCUGUCCGCUCCUUCAGCUCCUCUUCGGUAGAUGGGGGGUGCUGCACACCUUCCCUGUCUCUUCUCACCUCCUGGCCUGCCACCUGCCACAGCACACACAGGGGCUGUGAGAGAGGAAUACGGCCUCUGUUUGCCACGAGUUGCGGAUCACUGGCUUUGGGGCUCCUGGUCCUUCAGGGGCAAAGCAGUGCUGACAGGCCGGCAGAGGAGAGGGGCGGGAGCAGGGAGCUGAAGGAAGGCCCCAGGGGCUGAGGCUGAUCCUGUAUGCUGCUGUGUCUCUGCAGGAGCUCCGGGAAGUGUCUGCACUGUGGAAAGAAGCAGACCACACAUGGCCUGUGCACCAGCAGCAAAUAGAGCAAACACAGGCAGAAAUGGCAGCAUGGGAAGGCUGGAGCGCAGGGAAGGACCAGCGUCCGCCCCAGCUGUUGGCCAGGGAGAGCGUGCGUGUUCCGCAUCCUCCAGCCCAGCCCAGGAGACAGCAAGUGGGAAGGAG